CAGUAGCGGUUAAAUCGGUGGUAUUGGUAUAUAUAGAGGAUCAUGGAAAAUGUUAAAGGUUGUGAUAAUGGUUAAGAGAAAGAGAAGGUGAUGGAAUCUACCAAAGAAAAAUCUGGAAUUCUGCACCAGAUCCUACCUCCGCGUUUAGAAGACGCUGGCCUUGAAGAUCCUGCCCUUCCACCGGAAUCCAUCCAUCAAGCUUUUCUCCAAGCCGCCGCCGCUGUCAAAUCACGCGCCGCUUCAAUUUUCUCCUCCGCUGACGACACGGAGGACGAAGAUGACGGUUGCCUUAACGACCCGUGGCCCACCGCCAAGGAAGGCUCUGAUGUAGUCGUCGGAAUUGACAUGGAGAAUGAACCGCCGGGAACCUGCAUCGUCGAUAGGGGAGUCGAGGCUGGUGCCGACGAAGUUAGGGUUGCCGGAGGCGGCGGCGGCGAUGGCGCGGACGACCUUGUGGUGGCGGGAGAAGGGAAAUUGGAAGAGGAUGCGAAAGCGUGCGUGGAUGAGUUACACGGGUUGAAUAUCGAAGAUGAGAAGAAAGAUGGUGAAGUUAGAGAAGAAAAUGACGAAGAAAACAAGAAACCUACCUUGGUUGAAGGGUAUGCGUGAAAAGAUGUUGUUUACCCGUUUGUACUAGUUUCUGCUUCUUAGCCUUAUUAGAAAGUUUGUUGUAUGUUCAUGAUCAAUGUCUUGAUUUCACGUUAUCUAAUAUAAUCUUAACAGCUUAUUAGUUAGUC